AUAAUAUCGAUACUCACGAUAAUUUCACUGUUUAAUUAGACGUAUUCCCUCUUUAAUAUUUCUCUCAUUUAGCUACAAGUUAUCGAUUACAACCCAGCUGAUUGAUAGCAUCACAUUAGAGUGACCAACUCAUUAUCAACAAUAAAUGGUGUACUCGCCUUAGUUUACAAACGAAAACAACCUUGAAGCUUAUUAAAUUCAUUUAAUUUUUUAUUUUUUAAGUUCAAUAAUCGUGUCAUAAAUGUUAAAUCGGUUGGAGAUACGGAAUUCCUUUAUAUGAAUAUUGCAGCAGUUGAGCUCGAUAAAUUUGAUAAGUGUGUAUUGUUAAAGUCACACGGACAUUAUUUAUCGGACGGACAACAAACCAAUUUUGUUUUGUUAAAUCUUUGGAAUAGGUAAAUGCAAGUCAUGGCAACGGGAAUCACAACAAAAGCAAAACUGGGAAGACUAAUGGCCGCCAAGGUUGAGCUGGAGUCGCAAAUCAGUAAAAAUGGACAAAUCUUGGCUGCGAAUGACAAUGUUGGUAUGAGCGGUCCACUUGUGGAUGCCGAGGGAUAUCCUCGCAACAACAUUGACGUCUAUCAGGUGCGCCAGGCACGGCAAACGAUUAUUUGCUUGCAGAACGACCACAAGGAGCUGAUGAAUCAAAUACAAAGCCUGCUCAAUCAAUACCAUGCCGAAAUAUCUACCACUGAUCCUGAGCUUGUGAAUCGGGCCUCAGCUUUGGAACUGAGCGGUGGACGAGAGGACGGAGGUGCGAUCAUUAUUCCGCUGGCGACGCGCGUCUUAGCUAUAGUUAAUUUAGUUAGCCCCAAUUCGCCAGCUGAGGCAGCGGGUUUACGUGUGGGCGACAAGAUUAUGCGUUUCGGCUCCAUUAAUGACAAUAACUUUAAAGAUAGCCUAACACAAAUUGGCGAACUAGUGCGCAACAUGCAGAAUCAAAAUGUCCAGCUGAAGAUAAAGCGUGGUGAACAACUGCUUGACUUGGUCCUUGUGCCCAAGACGUGGAGCGGUCGCGGCCUGCUAGGUUGCAAUAUUGUGCUCCCACCGGAGCCCAUGGAAUAUUAGAAUUAAUAUGCUUAAACUUUUAAUGAAUUGCAAGUAAAUCUAAGCAAAAAAAAC